AUGGUGAUGUUUUUGUUUUGUAGGACAACUAAAGGUAAUGGUGCUCUACCAGCUGCUGCCGGUAGCAGUUCAAAACAACUUACUAGGCUGCAAGCUGAUGCUGAAGAACUUACCGAUAUAAUGAGACAAAAUGUUGAUAAGAUAUUAGACCGUGAAAAAGAUUUGCAAGGUCUUGUGCGUGAUGCUGAAAAAUUAGGAGAUGAUGCAGCUCAAUUUCAACAAAAUACAGAGAAAUUACAAGAUAAACAGUGGUGGAAGAAUUUUAAAAUGUGGAUUAUUUUGAUUAUUGUUAUUAUCAUUUUAAUCAUUGUUAUUGUUGUUGCUAUUACUCAAUCGGUUAAAAGCAAUAAAAAUCGAAAAUAA